AUGGCUGCCGGAGUCGCAACAUGGUUACCCUUUGCCCGGGCAGCUGCGGUUGGCUGGCUUCCUCUGGCCAAAAAGACCAUGCCCAAACCUCCUGUCGAUAAGAAGAGCCGCAGUGAUGAGAUCCUGAUAGUUAACGUGAGCGGGCUUCGCUUCCAGACUUGGAAAAACACUUUGGACCGUUAUCCUGACACCUUGCUGGGAAGCUCUGAAAAGGAAUUCUUCUUUAAUGAAGACACUCAGGAAUAUUUCUUUGACAGGGACCCGGAGAUGUUCCGGCACAUCCUGAACUUCUAUCGCACAGGCAAGCUGCACUAUCCACGGCAGGAGUGCAUCCAGGCUUUCGACGAGGAGCUCGCUUUCUACGGCAUUGUGCCGGACAUCAUUGGGGACUGCUGUAUGGAAGAGUACCGUGACCGCAAGAAGGAAAACCAGGAGAGGCUGGCUGAGGACACCGAGGCAGAGAUGGCGACAGACCAACCCUUACCUCCGAACAGCACGCAUCGUGAACGCUUAUGGCGUGCGUUUGAGAAUCCACACACCAGCACGAUGGCUCUGGUGUUCUAUUACGUGACGGGUUUCUUCAUUGCCGUCUCGGUUAUCGCUAACGUAGUGGAGACCGUGCCGUGCCGGGCACCCAAAGGCACCCUGAAGGACUUGCCGUGUGGUGAGAAGUACUCAGUGGCCUUCUUCUGCAUGGAUACGGCAUGCGUGCUCAUUUUCACAUUUGAGUACCUGAUGAGGUUGUUCGCCGCCCCUAGCCGCUGCAAGUUCAUGCGCUCGGUGAUGAGUGUCAUCGACGUCGUGGCCAUCAUGCCCUACUACAUUGGCUUGGUCAUGCCCGAGAACGAGGACGUGAGCGGUGCUUUUGUCACACUACGUGUCUUCCGGGUCUUCCGCAUCUUCAAGUUCUCACGCCACUCACAGGGCCUGCGCAUCCUCGGCUACACGUUAAAGAGUUGUGCCUCCGAGCUCGGCUUCCUCCUCUUCUCCCUCACCAUGGCCAUCAUCAUCUUCGCCACAGUCAUGUUCUAUGCUGAGAAAGGCACCAAGGAAACCAACUUCACCAGCAUUCCAGCCUCCUUCUGGUACACCAUUGUCACUAUGACAACGCUGGGAUAUGGAGACAUGGUUCCUAACACCAUUGCCGGGAAAAUCUUCGGCUCCAUCUGCUCUCUGAGUGGCGUCCUGGUGAUCGCACUUCCUGUUCCUGUCAUAGUGUCCAACUUCAGUCGCAUCUACCAUCAGAACCAGAGAGCUGACAAGAUGCGUGCCCAGCAGAAAGUGCGUCUGGCCAGGAUUCGCUUGGCUAAGAAAGGAACCACUAAUGCGUUCCUGCAGUUCAAAGAUGAAGGGGGACUACUGGAUCAUGAUGGUGACAGUGGCGCUCUAUGUCUGAAGAACAGGUCGUCCUUCGAGCAUCAGCACCACCAUCUGCUACACUGCCUGGAGAAGACUACGAACCAUGAGUUUACCGAUGAAUUGACCUACAGUGAGAUGUGUAUGACGGAGUCGGUGGGCUUCCGCACCAGCCGUAGCACCUCGAUUUCCAGCCAACAGGGCGUCUCAACCUCUUGCUGUCCUCGUCGCGCCAAGAGGAGAGCUAUCCGCCUGGCCAACUCCACUGUAUCAGUGAGCCGGGGCAGCAUCCAGGAGCUGGAUACACUGCAUGUACGCAAGAGUCCGUCCGGGCCUCAGAGUCGCUCCAGCCUCAAUGCCAGGACAGAAGACCUGAAGUUAAACUGUGAGCAGCGAGACUUCACGGCAGCCAUCAUUAGCAUCCCCACUCCUCCAGCCAACACACCUGAUGAAAGCCUGCCAUCGUCACCUGCCAUCCCAGGCAUCCUGCGCAACUCCCGCUGCUCCGACAGUCAGGACCCUGUCAAGAUCUCCUUCUUAUAA